AUGGAACGCUUUCUUGCAUGCUUCAAAGCUGAACGCGCCCGUGUCGCCGAGUCUCCGCUCAGGGUCCGCCAUCUCUUCCUCUCGCUCCUCGGCCAGGCGAAUAUCUUCAAUCCAUCGAGGAUGGACGCAAUCCUCAACGCCCAGAAUGACACUGAACGAUACCGCCGCAUCAUUGAACUGAUGACCCAAUUCGGGGAUGACCAGGACGAGCUCAGCGAACGGUAUGCCCCCCUUGUUCCCGCGCUCCUCGAACUCGUUUCCCCGGACCUACGUACUUUCGUCCUCCUUCAAAGCAAGUUCCGCAAGCUACCCAAGUCACUCUUUUGCUUCCCCCAGCUCAAGGAGCUGACGCUGCUAGGAGGAGAUCCGAAGUUCGCUCGUUUCACGGAUGUCCCUGCAGACCAUGACCCUCUCUAUCCAUCUCUCAAACGACUGCAUCAUAUCUUUGUCUUGAUGCUCCUCGAUCACGACGAUGUCGACUUCGUUCCAUGGGCCCGCCAUGCACCCAACGUCACGCAUUUGAAGGUCUCUCGGCUCAGCGCUCGCCCUGACGUUACCCUCGACACGCUUCUACGCGCAUAUAGCAGGGUAGCAGAGGAAGACGUCCUAUUCCCUCACCUCAAGCAAGUCUUGAUUCAACCUGAAGCCGAGCCAGAAGAGGAUGACAUCGCGGCAACGGUCACCAUUGCCGCGUAUAGGCAAUACAUCCAGUGGCUUCGUCAGUCCGUGAAGGAAACCAGGGUAGAUACGGUUCUACUGAGCGACUGGGAUGAUAACGUCGUGGGCAACUUGCAGCAAUUCCACGACUUCAAUACAGAGACAGCACUCAGGGACUGGUUGGCUAGAAUAGAAGGUGGUGAAGGGUGCUGGGCUCUGGGCACCCCCGCUGCGGAGGAUCAUGAGAGCGGUGUUGCUACGGGCCUACAGGAGCCUCUGGAAUUAAGUGAUGACGAACCCCCCACGUCUGAACCUUUCUCUAACCCAUAA